AGUGGUAUAGCAUGAUCCAGGUCGGCUAUCCACAGAAUUUGUCGGUAGCCUACCUUAUCUUCGACGCAAUUCAUGCUGAUGAUCAAUCUCCCGUAUAGCAUGGUAAUGUACGACACAGGAUCGAUAGACCCAGUUUUACCGGUGAGGAACUGUGUGGACUGCGGUAGUAAUACCCUCUUUCAAACCGCAAAAUUUCGAACCUUCUUCCGGCAGCUCGAUGUGAAACCCGUGGGAGGUUACAGCACUGGUGCCACGGCGGUGUCCUUGCGCAAGUCAGAAGCUGUCAGUUGCACGGUAAACUGUGAGACCGCCCGUCUAGCAGAGCUCACCUCGUCGGAGCAUUAUAUCAUUUGCAUUAUCCACUUCCCAGAGGUGUUCCGAAUUACACCCAUGGACAACAUAAUGGGGAUGAAAGUUGGCCACUCACGGUCUGCGGUUGACGGGGUUCCUACAUUCUGGUCAUAG